AUGGCUAGUAAAAAAAAAGCCAAGAGUGCAAUUAAUGAAGUUGUGACGCGUGAAUGUACCAUCAACCUUCGCAAACGCCACCAUGGAACUGGUUUCGAAAAAAAUGCACCACGUGCAAACAAAAAAAUCAGAAAGUUUGCUAAAAAACCAAUGGGGCUGAUAAAUACACUUGAUGAUGAUUGUUUAUCAAUGAUAUUAUCGUAUCUUCAACCAUUUCAACUUCUUGAAAUGAAAAAAGUAUGUCAACGUUGGAAUUAUCUGGCAAAAUCAGCUUGGUUUUUUAUCAAAAACAUUAAAUGUACUAAUCGAGUUUCUGGCCAUAAAAAUAAUUGGCAAUUGGUAAAGUUUUAUAAAUUAGAAGAUAUCUUUAUAUAUGGUGGUCGUUAUUUAACACAUUUAACAUUAAAAAAUGUAUGUGGAUCUGAAAUUGUACCAUUGAUACGUGAUCAUUGUCACAAGCUUGUUAGACUUGAAUUAGUUUUAGACGAUUUGUAUGGCGGACAUUUUAAAAAUGCAUUUACUAAAAUGAAUCAACUAAAUUACAUAUCAAUUAACAUGGAUCCAACGACAUAUCAUUGGAAUAAUGAAUUGUUUUAUGAAGCUAUUUUAUCAACUCUUCAUUCAUCUAUCAAUGAAAUUCAUUUACCAAUACUAUAUGAUUCUCGUGUACAUGAGCGAUAUAUGUGCGAUUCUUCGGACGUUAUACCCUGGAUAAAAAAAUUUGAUAAUCUUCAAGCAUUGACAUUGCAUUAUCAAGCAAUGGGUGAGUAUGAUAUCUCACCAAUAUUAAAUUAUAAAACAUUAUUACAUUUGUCAUUGAGCAAUUCAGCAAUUGAAAAUCAUUUAUUGAUGAAAUUAUCUAAUUUAAUUAAUUUAGAAUAUUUAGAUUUAUCAUAUGUGUAUGAGGUUGAUGAUUGUAGUUUAAAUAUAUCUGGAAGUAAAUAUGUGGAAAAAUCAGAUAUUAUCAAAAUUGGUGAAUUAAAAUUUUUAGAACAUUUGGAGCUUUAUGAUUUGGAAAGUGUUGAUGAUGAUGGAUUGAUAAAUAUUAUUGAUAAAUGUUGUCAUUUAAAAUACUUGGAUAUUAGAUGGUGCUAUAAUUUAACUAGGAAUGCUCUUGUUGAGAUUAGAAAAUUAAAAAAGUUAGAAACACUUAUAUUUGAUCUUGAUAAUAUUAAUUAA